UAAGUUCCAGUUGGUAAAAACCACUGAGAAUUCUGAAGUAGAAAGAUCCUAAAAUCAUCGCUCAACAGUGAUACGGAAGAAUUAAUCUCGUCGCAAUCGAUUCGAUAGGAUUGAAACCUAUAUUUAUUGGAUAAAGAGCAAAUUACAAGUCGAGCAAUCCCGAGGAAUCGGCAUGGAAGAAUUGCGCAUAUCUUCGGCCGAUCCGAGGGGAAGUCCAGCUACGGAGCAGCAGGCCGCCGGCGUCGGAAUUCUUCUGCAGAUAAUGAUGCUCGUGUUAUCGUUUGUUAUCGGCCACGUUCUCCGCCGCCAUCGCUUUUAUUACCUCCCUGAAGCUAGUGCUUCCCUUUUAAUCGGUUUGAUCGUGGGAGUACUGGCCAAUGUUUCCAACACGGAGAAUAGCAUUAGGUCAUGGUUCAACUUCCACGAGGAGUUCUUUUUCUUGUUCUUGUUACCCCCAAUUAUAUUUCAGUCAGGAUUCAGUCUUCAGCCUAAACCAUUUUUUUCUAACUUUGGCGCCAUAGUCACCUUUGCAAUUUUUGGAACUUUUGUUGCUUCCAUGGUCACUGGCAUUUUAGUAUACCUUGCCGGAGUAUCAUAUCUCAUCUACAGGCUUCCUUUUGUUGAAUGUCUGAUGUUUGGUGCGCUUAUCUCAGCCACAGAUCCUGUCACUGUUCUGUCUAUAUUUCAGGAGCUUGGUACAGAUGUGAAUCUGUAUGCUUUGGUCUUUGGAGAAUCUGUGCUAAAUGAUGCAAUGGCAAUUUCUCUGUAUAGAACAAUGUCAUCGGUGAGGAGUCACAUGUCAUCAGAUCAGAACCUUUUCAUGGUGGUGGUCAGAUUUCUUGAGACUUUUGUUGGCUCAAUGUCAGCAGGGGUUGGAGUUGGAUUUACUUCUGCUUUGCUUUUCAAGUAUGCUGGUCUGGAUAUCGAUAAUCUUCAGAACUUGGAGUGCUGCUUAUUUGUUCUUUUUCCAUAUUUUUCAUACAUGCUAGCCGAAGGACUUGGCCUCUCAGGCAUCGUGUCAAUAUUAUUCACUGGAAUUGUUAUGAAGCACUACACUUUCUCAAAUUUGUCAGACAAAUCUCAGAAAUUUGUAGCUGCAUUUUUCCAUUUAAUAUCAUCGUUGGCCGAGACGUUCAUAUUUAUAUAUAUGGGAUUUGACAUUGCCAUGGAACAGCACAGCUGGUCUCAUAUUGGAUUCAUCUUUUUUUCAAUUUUAUUCAUUGGAAUUGCAAGGGCUGCAAAUGUAUUCUCAUGUGCUUAUUUGGUCAAUAUGGCUAGACCUUCUCAUAGAAAAAUAUCAAUGAAGCAUCAGAAAGCACUUUGGUAUAGUGGGCUCCGAGGGGCAAUGGCAUUUGCGCUUGCCCUGCAAUCGGUUCAUGAUCUUCCAGAGGGUGACGGUCAGACUAUAUUCACUGCGACAACUUCAAUUGUUGUUUUAACGGUUUUGCUGAUAGGAGGUUCAACAGGAACCAUGCUGGAAGCCUUGGAAGUUGUUGGUGAUGGUCAUGAGAUCCCACUGGGUGAAAGCUUUGAUGCACACAAUGGCUACAUAGCUCCUACUUAUGUGGGGGAAUCAUCUUCUGGGAACCGGUUUAAGAUGAAACUUAGUGAGUUCCGUAAAAGCACUGCAUCUUUCACUGAACUUGAUAAGAACUACCUCACCCCAUUUUUUACCACUCAAAGUGGCGAAGAUGAUGAGCACGUGGCCACUGCAAUUGCUUUCUUUCAGCGAAAAGCAAAUAUACUACUGCUAUGUGCUACUAUGCAUGCUGAAAAUUUUACUGGUCUAUGUGAUCUACCCUUGAUGGUGAAUGAGCGUUUUUGGUCUUUUCAUUCAAAACCUAUGCUAAUCGUGGCUUGAUGUAGCAACCACCCUUCACAUGGAUACAGAGAGCAUGAUCAAGUUUGGUUCUGAUCUAAAUCGAGCAUCACCUCAUCUAUUUACCAUAAUCUAUUGUUCAUAAUCCACAGAUGAUAUAUUUAGCGAUAACGGAAGAGGAAGUUAUGAUUGACAGACAUGAAUCCUCCUCCAUGACAGAAUUGACUUUAACAGUGGUGUAUCCAGUUGUGGCUCGUCAAGCUGGAUAUAAGACUGCUCAAUGACACAUAAAGAUUGUAACUUUUAAAAGUAUUACUGCCAUAGGAUUGGAGAUUAGUCACAAAUUAGAGGUAGGACUGGUCAGGUGCUGCAUCAUUCGACGCCUUUUAAUAUCUGUAAAUGGUAGUAUAUGAAAUGAUUCUCUGAGAGGAUUUCAUGGUAUCAUUUGCCAUCGAAUUA